AGACGUGUUUUGACAGACUGUCACAAAGCAGCGACCUGCCAGACAUCUUCUCCCAUGUUUUGCAUGCCAUUUGUACCUCGUCACAUCACCACGUGCUUUGUCUGUGUGUCUGGCAUGUGUGUGUGAGGGGUUGUCAGGUCUUGCUGUGAGAAAUGAGUGUGAAUAAAGCUUGGAGGGUUGAACUUUCCCCUACUUCUCACAGUGGGUCCGUCUAUGUCGUUCAGCUUUUUUUACAGCAUUCCUGACCUGAGAGUCUUUCUGGAGAUUUAUGGUGAACACUGCCACUGGCCUGCUUUGGUCACUCUAGCAAACUAUAAGCUGACCCUAUGACAAAAUCCUGCUUAUCUGCCAUUUGUUAAGCAAGUACUGAUGCUACAUUAAGGCACCUGUAAGUUAAAUACACAGUGGCUUCAUUGAUGCAAACAGAUACAUUUGAUUACCAAACAAGCAAAUAAUAGGAACACUGAUAAAAUGUAAGAAAAUCAAAGCGCAAAAUAAGCUUUUUGUUUACUGUUCUGCAUAUGUGCUAAUGAAAAAACAUAUAGAUACUUCAAAGUGAAGAAGUGCUCUGGUAUGACUAAUUUGUUUGAGUUUUGGGCAUGUAAAUCAAUCCCUUCCACAUGACAUCUCCAUAUCACUGUUUAACCAGCAAUUCAGACAGUUCAUUGCAUCAUGGGCCAAGGCUAUGAAUGUUUGAGAGCAACUCAGACUAUCCACGCCCCCCGGCGCCCCCCCCAAGCUGUGGGCAGCCAAUCAGAGGAGCCUCCCUCCAGCAGCACUGUGCAAGCAGCCUAUAAUAAUCCCACAAUGCAAUUGAGCAGCACUAAACACAAGAGAGAGGCAUCUGAACCAGGACAAGCAUUCAACACCUAAACAAGAACCCAGAAAGAAAGCAGCAACAGCAGAGAUGAAGACGCCGCUGCUGCUUCUCGUCCUGGUGACCGUUCUGGUGCAUGUGGGGAGCAGCUUCCCCACAGAGAGGAGAGGGUCGCAGGGCGGCAGAGACAAAUACUCCACCUGGGAUGAUGUGAAUGUGGUGGCCCACGGCCUCCUCCAACUGGGCCAGGCGCUUAAGGAGCAUGUGGACAAGACCAAGGUCCAGAUGAGGGACGUCAACACCAAGCUGAAGGCAUUCAACAGCACUGUGGCCGAGCUGCAGAGAGAGCAGCAGGAGCAGGGAGCAGCUCUGAGGGCCAGAGGCCAGGAGGCGGAGGAGAGGGCGACGCUGGCAGCCGAGCUGGCCGAAGAGGUGAGGCUCAAGGUGGAGGAGAUGAAGUCGGAGAGCAGGAGCAUUCACUCCAGGAUGGACCAGCUGGAGGAGAAGGUGGAUGGAGCGCUGAGAGAGCCGGUGGCGGUGGAGAGCAACUACAGUGAUCACAGUGGAGCCUCUUUGGUCCAGAGGUUGAUGGAGGCUCAGAGCAGACGCAUUGACGACCUGGUGGAGAAAAUCAAGCAGCAGCAAGACAAGCUGGAGAAGCAGAGCCUGCAUCUACAGACGCUCCAGAGCAAGGUUGCACAGAAGAGAUUCAAGUUAUACAGACGCAGAGAUGAAGAGACUGCACUCAGUGGACAGACACUGCAAAGUGAUGCUCCAACAGGUUUGGCCAGAGAUUGCCAUGAUCUGUUUGCGCAAGGGCAGCGAGCCAGCGGUGUCUACACCAUCCAGCCCCAGGACUCUGCGCCCUUCAAUGUCCUCUGUGAAAUGACAUCAGAGGGCGGAUGGACUGUCAUCCAGAAACGACAUGAUGGAUCCCAGAACUUCAAUCAGCUGUGGGAACACUAUCAGAGAGGCUUCGGCAGCCUUAAUGGUGAGUUUUGGUUAGGCUUGGAGAACAUCCACUCUAUCUCCAAACAAGGCCAGUACACCCUACAAGUGGAGGUCUCUGAUUGGGCAGGACAGGAACAGUCAGCUCGCUACCAGUUCAGAUUGGGUGGAGCGGAGAAGAAGUACACCCUGCACUUAGAGCAGGACUUCUCUGGGGUAUUGGAGAGGAUCGUGACAACAGGAGCCUCUGGUCUUCCCUUCUCCACCUUGGACAACGACAAUGACCUCAGUGCAGAUGUCAACUGUGCCAAGCUUCUGUCAGGAGGUUGGUGGUUCAGCAGCUGUGGUGAGUCGAACCUCAAUGGAAAGUAUCCCAGAGGGCCGAGACUGCUCAGGAAACAACAGUCCAGAAGACAAGUGAUGUUUUGGAUGACCACAGGAGGACACAACACUUCUCUGAGAAGCACUGUUCUGAAAAUUAGACCAGUCACAGUCAAGUAAUAGCUGGCUCACUCUGUCUUGAAUGGCUUUAAAAGUAGUGGACCAAAGACAAUCCUACAAGCAGAGACAAACCAACAAGAGUAUACUCAACGCUGUUCCAGUUGUAUGCUUACAUGAACCAGGAAACUGCUAGGAGCUAAAAGAAGUGCAUUGCUUAUUGCAAUAUGCACAUGACAGCUCGAUCCUCUAACUGCACUGGGUCGCCAGCUGUUUAUAUGCUGUGCCAUAUGUGCCAUAACUCACUGUCACAGUGGACAUGUUCAGUCUUAUUGACUGCUAAAAUAUUAUUCCCUUUAUAAGGGCUGUAAUUAUGUAUCUUAUUUUAUAACAUGUUUCUCUAAUUGUGAUGGGUAUUAUUUCAUCUUUUUGUCAUUUACAGUUUUGCCAUUUAAAAAUGUAACUAAGACCAAUUUUGUACGUCAGUCAUGUCAAAUGGAUGAAAUUAAAGGUUUAAAAACUUA